AUGUGUCUCUCAGGACUCACCCAAAUUCUAUAUGGAAUUAUUAUGGCUGGUAGUGCCAUUCUUACAGCUGUCGCCCUUUUCACACCCAGUAAGUUUGUUUGAUUCGUUUUCAAAAACUAACGUUAAAUUUUAGGUUGGAAUACUGUGGAAACAAAUGUGAAAGAUCCGCUGCAUGUGAACACUUCCAACUGGAAUGGAUUGAUGCCUUGGUCGUGUAUUGGGCACUCACAAGGCAGUACUUGUCAAGAUUGGUGGGCGGUAAGAAACUAAUAAAAUAUCUUCCAACUAGUUCUUAAUGUAAAUAUUUUCAGAAUCUUCCGGGCUGGCUUAAAUGUGUCGUCAUUUGCAUGAUUCUUUCGCUUAUCGUCCAAGUGUUCGCAGUUGUCUACAAUUUCCUGACAUGGUGAGUCAGACUGAAUGAUAGGCCCCGGUUUGUUUAUAGAUGACGUGUUUCCAGUCUUGCGUGUUGCUGCAAGAAGUACGUCAUUCAUCCGCUCACAUUCUUCGCCGUCAUUUCGACGGUCCUUCUGCUGAUUGCGGUUGUUGUCUACGCCGCAGAGUGGAAUCAAUUCGAAAACGGAAUCGACACAAGCUCACAAGUACGUAAAAAUAACUCUCGUCUGUUUGAACAACCUAUGCUCUUUCAGCUCGGAUACUCAUUCUGGCUCGCCAUCGGAGCCCUCAUCCUGUCUGCCGCUGACGUCAUUUUGGGAGCCCUGACAGUCUGUCUUGGAGAACACUGCUGCUAA